AUGGCACCGCCCGCGAAACGCCGCAGGCGGAACCCAGUUGAGGCGUCUGAUGACGAAGAUGAGCAGCCUCGAGCCAACACACUCUCCAAUUUCCUUCUGUCUUCGCCAAGCUCUUCGUCAAAAGACCCAGCCCCGACUGCGUCUACGAGUUCCCCCAAGGGCAAAGGUUUUGCGGGCCAAUCUGGCACCAGUUUUUCUCCUCGAAAGACGCGGCAGGCAAGCUUACAGAAGAAUGGUAGCAGUCUCAGCCCCAAGAAGUCCAAAAAUGUUGGACGAAUCGAAGAAAGGGGCAAGACGGCCGAUCUCAAGGCACUCUUUUUGAAACAAGCCCAACGGGCUACGAAGCCGGGGAAUGGCAGCGAAAAGCGACCUUCGCCCAUCGAUGACCCCAUCAGCGAUCCAAUAUCCGAAGAUGACGAAAUAUCAGAACUCAAGGCUAGCUCAUCGAGCUUGGUCAGCCAACAUGCCCGUAAGAGAUUGAAAAAUGGGAGUGCAACUGCGGCGAGUGAGUCGUCGAACACUGGCUCCAUGUUCCUCAAACCACCCAGACCUGCAAAUCCAGUUGGUGUCGAUGACGAUUUGCGACCAUGGUCGGAGCGGUUCGGGCCACGAAAUCUGGAUGAGCUGGCAGUCCACAAGAAGAAAGUUGCAGAUGUUCGAAAAUGGCUAGAGGAUGUCAUGUCAGGACGCAUGCGACAGCGGAUUUUGAUCCUCAAAGGGGCAGCAGGCUCGGGCAAGACAACCACUGUCCGGCUGUUGGCAACCGAUAUGGGGUGUGAACUGCUUGAGUGGAAAAACCCUACGACGAAUUCGGGCACGGGAUAUGUUUCUGUGUCGGGCCAGUUCGGGGAUUUCCUUGGCCGUAGCGGCAAAUUUGGGACACUGGAUGUGGAGGAGCCGGUCAACACAACUAUGAAGAACUCAAAUGGGCUUGCUCAAAGUCGAGCCAAGCGAAUCAUUCUCGUAGAGGAGUUCCCAAACACAUUUUCAAGGUCCUCGUCGGCGUUGACCUCUUUCCGCAGCACAAUACUCCAGUACCUGGCUGCGCACACGCCUUCACUGGCCAGCUUUGGGAAGGCACCUCAGCAUAGGAAUCAGAUCAGUCCGAUUGUUUUGGUCAUUUCAGAGACCUUGUUGACAACAACGUCCGCAACAGCCGAUAGUCUUACGGCUCACCGUCUGCUGGGACCAGAAAUACUUCGCCACCCUGGUGUUGGUGUGAUAGAGUUCAAUGCAAUUGCACCUUCGAUCCUGGCAAAGGCCCUGGAGCUUGUCGUCUUAAAGGAAGCGAGAAAGUCUGGCCGCAAACGAACUCCUGGACCCCAAGUGCUUAAGAGACUGGGCGAAAUUGGAGACAUUCGAAACGCCGUCUCCUCUCUCGAGUUCUUGUGCCUCAAAGGGGACCAAGACUCGGACUGGGGAGCCAAGGUCGCUUUUACCAAAAUCAAAAAAAGUACGAGGGAUUCGAUUAGUUUGACAAAGGGGGAAGCAGAGAGCCUAGAGUUGAUAUCGCAACGCGAAGCCAGCUUGGGCAUAUUUCACGCAGUUGGCAAAAUCGUGUAUAACAAGAGGGACGAAAAGGCGCCAGCAAAUGAUGCUGUCGAAAACCUUCCCCCGUUCCUAUCAGAACAUGCCCGGCCGAAGAGGUCGCAAGUAUCUGUUGAUUCUCUUAUUGAUGAAAUCGGUACAGACACUCAUACAUUCAUAUCCGCCCUCCAUGAGAAUUACAUUCUUUCAUGUGAGAGCACUGACCCUAUGGAUUUAUCAACACCAGUGGACUAUGUCAAUGAAUGUAUAGAGUGUUUAUCAGAAAGCGAUCUGCUCUGUCCGUCCCGAGACGUAUUUUUUGGAGGCAGGGGCGGUUUUGGUGGUUUCAGCGGUCGAGAGACAGGCAGCCAUCUUCUUCGGCAGGACGAGAUGACAUUCCAAGUCGCCGUUAGAGGUAUGCUCUUCUCCUUACCAAGCCCGGUCAAACGCAAGACAACUACAAUGGCCAAAGGCAGCGAUGCAUUCAAGAUGUUUUAUCCAACGAGUUUGAAGCUUUGGAAGGCCAAGGAAGAGAUUGAGGGCAUUAUCGACAUGUGGUCAUCAAGGAUACUGAAGGGCGAAUCAGAACUGGCAACAAAAAAUCUAACAGACGGAGCAAAUGCAUUUCUGAGGUCCCAAUCCUCUGGAGAGCCUUCUUCUUGGAUGCAGCGCCAACAGGCACGCGCUGCAACUGCAAACACCACCGAGCAAAAGGAAGAAUCCUCGGCCCCAUCGCCCUUGCUGUCACUGGGCAGCUCAGCUCAGCGGGAAAUGCUCCUCGACCGGCUACCUUACAUGGCUCACAUGGCACGAACCCGAAGAACAGGUUUGAGACUACGAGAUCUUGAAAAAGUCGUGUCCUUUCAUGGCGUCACGGCUGCCGCCGAUGAAGAAUUCGAGGCAGAGGAUGAUGCAACGCUGGGCGAGGCUUGGGCUACAGACAAACCCUCGGAAGAAUCAAGUCCACGCAAGAAGACUGCGCGGAUUAAAGCAGGCGGCAUGUCCGGCAUGUUAGAUCAAAAGUUAGUAUUAAGCGACGAUGAUAUCGAGGAUUGA